GUGACCAGCGAGGUAAAAGCGCACAGCAUUAUCGCUUACCCCUCCUCCAGCUCCUAUUACUCCGGCCUCCACACUAGCCUACAGGAGGGUUUUUCACAUUUGAUCAGAAGAAUGUUUUCAGUUUAGAAAAACUGGUCAUGCGAUGCGAUUUAUUUCUGCCGGCGGAAAGAAGGAAAAACUAGAUAAGACCUGUUGGCGAUGAUGGAUUACUCGAAGGCGCAAAUGUCAAGCUUAUCCGAGGAGGGCAGCUCAGCUGGGUGUCCACAGUUCAGUCCUGGUGGGGUGAAGCUUGAGGUGGUAAUGGAACAGCUGCAGAGACAACAAGAGGCCAAACUGGAGAUGAACCUGCAAGAAAAGCAUCUUCUUCGAGCCCAGCUCCUGUUUGCUCAACACGCUGCUGUGGCGAGGGCCUCUGGCUCCAGAAUAGACUCUGCGUUAUUUGGCAAAGCAGAUGGACAGACUUACCAAGCAGCUCAACAAGCUUUUAACAGCCAUCUCAGCAAAACAGACCCAGAUGAGGAAGAUGAAGACUCUGAUGAAGAGGAAGAGGAAAUGGUGGAGCCUGAAGAGAACGAUGAGGACGAGGAAGACGAGGAGGAGGAGAACGGGCCUCAUCAGCAGGCGAAGAAGCCUCGACACCAGCAGAUUGCAGGCUUCCCCUUCCCUGCUUAUUCCACAUCUCAGUCGUCUGCUGUGACGCAAAUGUCCAAAUCGCCACCUUCAGCAAUAAAACAGGAGCCUGAGGAGAAGGAGCGGCUGUCUCUUGCUGGCCAACAAGCCUUCACAUCACCCAAUGGCUUUGCUGACUGGGGCUAUGAUGAACCAUGUAAACAAAGAGGAAGCGCCAUCUGGGCUGAGGAGAAUGACGGAGGAAAAGUAAAAGGAGAACCGUCCAGGGACUUUGCCAAGCUUUAUGAACUGGAUAAUGACCCACAACGGAAGGAGUUUCUUGACGACCUCUUUGUCUUUAUGCAGAAACGAGGAACUCCUGUGAACCGCAUUCCCAUCAUGGCGAAGCAGGUGCUGGACCUGUACAGGCUUUAUAAGCUUGUGACAGAGAAGGGAGGCCUGGUGGAGGUUAUUAACAAGAAAAUCUGGAGGGAGAUCACCAAAGGUCUCAACCUCCCCACAUCCAUCACCAGCGCAGCCUUCACCCUCCGCACCCAGUAUAUGAAGUAUCUGUACCCGUUUGAGUGCGAGAAGAAGGGCUUGAGUUCUCCAGGUGAGCUGCAGACUGCCAUCGACAGUAAUCGCAGAGAAGGUCGACGUCCCAGCUACACCAACAGCCUGUACCGCUACUCUCCCUCCCCGAGCUCUGCUCCACACGCCGUCCUCUCUUCGCCCAUGAUGCAAACCACCCCAACUGGACACAAUGGCCUGAAUACAUCUGCUAGCCCAAAUCUAAAGAGAAACCUCGAUGAGCUGUCCACUCCUGGAAUACCCAGCCGGCUGCCCAUGGCUCUGGCACUGGGGCAGCAGCAGCAACAGCACCUGGCACAAGCUGCCACAUUCGAACAUCUGAGAGAGAGGCUGGAGCGAGCAGCAGCAGCAGGAGGAGCUGCAACUGACAGUCCAGACAAGAAAAUGAUGCAGCUGGCGGAGGAGCAGCAACGCCUCAUGCAGCAGGCCCUCCAACAAAACCUCUUGGCCAUUGCCUCUCACUUCAACCCCAUGAAUCACAAACUUAAUAAUGGACAUGAAAGCAAACAGGAGUUGUCUCGGGGUAUCUCUACUAAUGGAGCAGCCAGUAUCAGUGUAUCUGUGGAGGUCAAUGGCACCAUUUACUCAGGAACGCUGUUUGCCCAGAAGUCAGCUGCUCCUGUGGUGUCACAGAACGUAACUCUGGCAGGAACAAGUGGUUUCAGUGCCCUCUCCUCCUCACACAGUCCCUCCUCUUCAUCUUCCACCUCCUCAAAGGGACCAAAUUAAGGCUGGCAGUUAAAUCUGUUCUGAGCAACACAGUACACAAUAUACCUCUCUUGUCAGACAAGAACUAUAUGAAUUCUAGGUAAAAAUCAAUUGCAACAUAUGAAGCAAUUCAUUUGUUUUCCUUUACUUUGACAGUGUAAUGUGUUAAUUUUUUUUACAUCAUAAGCUUCCAAACUGACUACAACAUAGAUUCAGAUCACAGUUUACCUUAGUGCCUGUUGGACACUUUUUAAAAUGUAAAGAGCUUUACAUGGUUGGUUCAGAAGUGUCUUUAGAGCAGAACAGUGCACCAUGAGAACCAAUGCUAAACCUCUUUUCCCUUGUCACCAGUAGAACAGUGUAGUUGCCAAAAUGCAGCUAAUGAAGACCAAAAAGCCUUAGCUCAGUAUCAUAACCUCUGUCUAUAAUUACCUUACUGACUUUUUUAUUUUAUCCCUCUCCCACUUGAGUGAAAACGCCACGUUUAUACUUUUCACAGCAGCUUUUAGGGAUUCGGUUUCCCCAGAAACGUGUCCUAAAGAAUCGAACGGAAUUUAAAAGAAAUGUGUCUCAGGUUUGUUGUGUUUUUUA